GACCACGACACGACCGCUACGACAAAUUUUCUUCCGGGCUCGCUGGGGACGCUGCUUUCACACACCAGGACUCCGACAUGCCCCCCAAGACACUCUCCGCUUUCUUCCUGGGUUUGGAGCUCGCGACGGACCAGCUCAGGGCAUCAAUAGUGGACGAGAACCUGGAGUUGGUCGGUGUCGAGGUGGUGGACUUUGACACGGAAAUCCAAGAGUAUCAAACACAGGGCGGCAUCUUCACCACGCCGGGAGAUGCAUACACCACUCCGGUGGAGAUGUGGUUGAAGGGUUUCGACCUGCUCCUCGAGAAACUCAGCAAAAAUUAUGACUUGGCCAGGAUCAAGGCCAUCGGCGGUGCAGCCCAGCAAGCUCUGGUCUGGUGGAAGGCGCCUGUGCCCCCACUGCAAGCGCUCGAUCCGAGGUUACCGAUACACGCGCAGAUCACAUCCCAGUCAUUCUCGUUGCAAAAUCCUCCCAUCGCGCAGGACACCUCGGCACACACGCAUGCACUCGCGCUUGAAGCCGCCCUCGGCGGCCCCGACCUCAUGUCUGCGCGGGUCGGAACGUGCGCGCACCCCUCCCUCGUCGCUGCUCAGCUUCUCCGCGUACGCGAAGCCUGGCCAGACAUCUGGGCGCGCACUGGCCGCAUACAAAUGGCGAGCUCGUUCCUCGCCAGCCUGCUGACGGGUCAAUUGGCGAGCAUGGGCGAGGCGGAGGCGUCGUCCACCGGGUUGUGGGUACAUUCUGGCUCUCAGCCGGGCGUGCAGAGCCACUGGGACGAAGGCGUUAUGGAGAUCGUCGGCGGGAACCGAGAAGAGGGCCACCGCAUCUGGACAUGGCUGGGCGACGUCGACAUCUCCGGCGGGCGCAGGCGGAUAGGCAGCAUUUCGCGGUACCUGGUGGACCGCUAUGGAUUUGACCCCGAGGCUAUCAUCACGCCAUUCACGUCUGACUACCUCUCGACGUACCUCUCACUAUGCCCCUCGCCCUCGGACGCGGUGCUCACAUUCGGACCCAUGGACGUCAUGAUGGCGCCUGCGGCGAAUUUCGUCCCUACCCGCCUGUACAACCUCUAUCCCCACCCCGCACAGGACGCCAGCGAAAAGAAACGCUACAUCGUCACGCUUACUAGCAGGAACGCAGACGUUCCGCGUGCACUUGUGCGCGACAUGUACACCAAGAGUUGGAGUGCGUUCGACCGGUUGGUCGCUAUCGUUCCUCCAGGCGGUUCAAUUGGUCUCGACGACAAGCUCUUCAGCUUCUGGCUCCUCCAGGGCGACACCUAUCCAUUCGCCCACGUCAAGGGCAUCUACCGUUUCGAGACCGGCGUCAAGGUCAACGAGUUCCGCGAUCUGCGUGCUAACCCGCGCUGCCUCCUUGAGAGCCAGAUCAUCUCGUUCCGCGUCCGUUGGUCCAGGACGAUCCCCGCUGGCGUCUUCGGCGCCGCCGCCGGACGCGCGCGCAACGCCAACGCCACCCCCAGCCCGAUCACAGGCGCCUCGCAGAAGCGCGCCACUGGUGUCAACAACAGCAACAACAUGGGUCUUCCAUUCGACCCCUAUGACUACGCGACUCUCCCCGCACGGAUCCUCGCUACUGGCGCGGCGGCUAACUUCCCGUCCAUCGCCAACCUCGCCGGCGACGUCUUCAACGCGCCAGUGCUCAUGCCUACAACCCAGGUCGAUGCUGCGCAGGCGAUCCCUCACCGCAACACACCUGCACCUGGCUUCCCUGCGCGUGCCGCCCUCGGAGGCGCAUACGUCGCACGAUGGGUCUGGGGCAAGGAGAAGGGCACACCUGCCGGCACUGGCCGCGGCGGCUUCGAGGAGGAGAUCCGCAGGCUGCUGAGCAAGCGCUGGGCGGCGACCGGAGGCGCACCGUUGCGCACCAACAUCAACGCGCCCGGAAGCACGAGCAAGGCGCCGAGUGCGGCGGGCAGCGGGGCGAGCACGCCGUAUGGGCACGGGUCUCGGUCCGCGCUCGGGUCGACGAUCCUCGUGGAGGAGGAAGAGGAGGAGAUCGAGGAGAUGGAGCGUACCGGCGGCGGGUACGGGCUCGGGUUCUCGGAGACGGACAUGUCACGCAUCCGCACGGUGACGGGCUCGACGGCCGGCACGGCCAUGAGCGGGAGCACGUUGGGCGAGGCGCCGUCGACCGCGUUCACGACGCCCGACCUCGGCGGGCUGGGGAGCCCGAGCGCGGGCGCGCAGCCGGCGGACGCUGCGGCGACCUCGACGCCCUCGGCGCUGCAGCCGGUGACGGCGAUGCCGACGUCGGACGCAGAGCUGCAGCUCGGGCUCGCGAAGGUCGCGGAGCCGGACGUGGACGCGUUCAUGGCGUACGCGGCGCUCGUGCCCGAGUACUGUCGGCUGGAGGGGCUGCUCAUCAAGGGCAUCGUGUAGGCGGCGGCGGGUGGGGUGGGAUUGUGCUCGUGCUCGUGCUUGCGUUCUUGGUCAUGCUUUGCUAUCGACUUGUUGUAUACCAUAGGUGGUGGGCGGCGUGCGUCGGUGCGGGCGGGCGGGGCGAGGCGGGGUGUGGUACCGGGGGCGCGGUGUGCCAAAAGCUACGUAGCAUCGUCUGGGUCGAAACCGAUACCACUGACUAUGAUAUCAUGGUAUGCGAGCAAUCUUGUGUUACACUGUAGAUGGUCCGAAUCGAUGCUUUGCGCUUGUUGUAAUGGCUAGCACGGCUGCAGGAGUGCC